UCUGGACGACAGAGUGAUGGCUGCUUAAAGGGGCUUAGAUGUGGGCAGGUAGCAGCCAGAAACGACUAUGAUCUCUGGCUUAAACCAGUCUGGGUUGAUUUCUACCAGGGUGAGAAUCACCCAGGAACUAAGCCAUAACCGGGCCGGACUAGCCCACUCUCAGAACGCGGACACUUUUGACAGGUCUGGUUCUUAUAGAGAUCUCUGAUGGUUUCUGUUUCAGGACUGUAAAACCUCUCCAGUCAGAGAUUAACAGUUGGAGCCACUAAGGAGAUUAAAGCGAAGCCUCUUCCGACAUCAGCUGCCCUGCUACUUUGGUUUUGGGACUUCCUGUGGAUAAAGGCGAAUGCUUCAGUGAGACUCAGGCCGUCAGGAUGUGGAGUUCCUGGCUGCUCGGGGUGAGCGUCUGGCUGCUCCACCUCCCACAGGGACAGACGGCCACAUUCAAACUGGUCCUGGUCGGCCCGUGGUCAUGUGACCCCAUGUUUUCCCGGGCCAUGCCGACGGCAGCGGCCAACCUGGCGUUGUCACGGCUACGGAGCGACAGUGAUCUGAGCAGAGGAUACUGGUACGAUGUCAAACUGUUCAACGAGGACUGCUCGGCCUCCAAAGCUCUGACUGAGAUUGGGGAGAUGGAGGGUUAUGGCCACGCCUACAUAGGGCCGUUUAACCCGGCCCUGUGUCCUGCUGCCUCCCUGCUGACCCAGCACUGGGAGGUGGGGCUGGCUUCUCCUGGCUGUCUGGACUCUAACUGGCCCAACCUGCCCCCCAUCACCCCCCCCAGUAAGGUGCUGCUCACCGUGCUGCGCUUCUUCCGCUGGGCGCACGUCGCCGUCGUCUCAGCUCCCACUGACCUGUGGGAAAACACCGGGCAGGAAGUGGCCUCUGCUCUCCGGGCCAUGGGCCUGCCCAUCGGACCUGUGGUUACCAUGGAAACCACCGAUAGGGCCGGGGCUCGAGAGGCGUUGACUCAGAUCAGAGAGUCCGACGAUGUCAAAGUUGUCAUCACAUGCAUGAGCUCCGUCCUGAUUGGUGGAGAGCAUCACCGAGAGCUGCUACUGGCUGCCCUGGACAUGGGGAUGGUCUCCGACGGUUACGUGUUUAUUCCCUAUGAUGCCCUGCUCUACGCCAUGCCCCAUCAGGACACAACCUUCUACCAGCUGACAAACAACACUCAGCUUCGCCACGCCUACAGCGCCGUUCUGACUGUUACCAUGGCGUCAGACCAGAGUUUCUACGAAGCUUUCCGUCAGGCUCAGAUCAGCCGCGAUAUUCGGUCUGCAAUUUCUUCAACAGAGGUGUCUCCUUUGUUCGGGACCAUCUACAACAUGGUGUACUUCGUUGCUAAGGCUGUGGAAGAGCGUCGUCAGGCAAGUGGCGGGCACUGGGUGUCAGGCAACCAGCUGGUCCAAUCAGAUGGAGGAUUUGACUUCCAGGGCUUCAAUCAGGUGUUGUAUGGGGGUAAAGAUGGGCGGGGCCUCCAGGCCAGGUAUGUGGUGUUGGACAGUGAGGGAGACCGGCUGAUUCCCACACACUCUCUGGCUCCGGCCCACGCCGACGGAGGGCAGGGGGGUCUGAGGCCGCUGAGCCGCCCCUUCUUCUUCCCCGGAGGAAGACCAUCCAAAGCCAGUUUCUGCUGGUUCAACUCAGAAGAGGCCUGCAGCGGGGGUGUGGAUGCGGUGACCAUGUUCUUUAUCUUCGUGUUGCUGUGUGGUCUGGUGGCAGCUUCUUUCCUUUGGAUCAGGAAGUACAAGAGAUCAGGAAAUGUAACCAAACUGCUCCUGACUCUGGAUGACAUCGUUUUCAUCGACACUAACGUCAGCAAGAAGAAACUGAACGAUGAGUCCAUCAUGAAGAGUCUUCUGGAAAUAAAAACUCCACUCCGCUCCAUUGCUAGAAGUUAUAUCCUAACAACUCCUGAGAGCUCCAACAUUGGAAUACUGGAGGGUGACUGGGUUUGGCUAAAGAAAGUUCACAGUGGACAGACGAUGACGGCUGUGAAUCAGAACACCCAGACUCUGUUCAGCCAGCUGCGAGAGAUGCGGCAUGAGAACCUGAACCUGUACCUGGGCCUGUUCCUGGACUCAGGAAUCCUGGCUAUGGUGGUGGAACACUGCCCUCGGGGAAGUCUGGCAGACCUGCUGGCCGACGGAGAAAUGAGGCUGGACUGGAUGUUCAAGUCCUCGCUGCUCAUGGACCUCAUCAAGGGCAUGAAGUACCUUCAUCUGCGAGGUUUGACUCAUGGCCGUUUGAAGUCCACAAACUGCUUGGUUGAUGGUCGUUUUGUUCUGAAGAUCACAGAUUAUGGGCUUCCUAUGAUCCUCCAGUCUCUGAGCAUCAGCCUCCCUGAAGACCCACAAGACCAGCUGUGGACCGCUCCAGAACUCCUGAGGAAUCCAGUUAAGGCCGGUUCGUUUGCAGGAGACGUCUUUAGUUUCUCUAUCAUCAUACAGGAAGUGGUUUCACGAACACCUCCCUACGCCAUGAUGGACAUGCCUGUCCAUGAGAUUGUUGAGCGUCUGAAGAAACCUCCUCCUCUCCUCAGACCAAACGUUUCUAUCGAUGAAGCUCCGACUGAGUGUCUUAAUUUGAUGAGUGAAUGUUGGAAUGAAGAUCCUAAGAAGAGGCCAAGCUUUGAUGAAGUUUUUAAACAGUUUCGAGGUAUCAGCAGGGGGAAAAGGGCAAACAUCAUCGACUCCAUGUUGCGGAUGUUGGAGCAGUACAGCUCCAACUUGGAGGAUCUGAUCAGAGAACGAACAGAUGAACUGGAGAUUGAGAGGAGCAAGACAGAUAAGCUGAUUGGACAGCUCCUGCCAAAAUCUGUGGCUCAGGCUCUGAAGAAAGGGAAACCAGUGGAGCCUGAACACUACUCAGACUGCACACUUUACUUCAGCGACAUCGUUGGGUUCACUACGAUCUCCGCCCUCAGCGAGCCCAUUGAGGUGGUGGACCUCCUGAACGAUCUCUACACCGCGUUUGAUGCCAUCAUUGCUACUCAUGAUGUCUACAAGGUAGAAACUAUUGGAGAUGCGUACAUGGUGGCUUCAGGUAUUCCCAACCGAAACGGGAAUCGACAUGCUGCUGAAGUAUCAAACAUGUCCCUGGACAUACUGCAUUGCAUUGGCCUCUUUAAGAUCAAACACAUGCCUGAAAUCAAAGUCAAAAUCCGGAUUGGACUGCACUCAGGUCCAGUGGUAGCAGGAGUGGUUGGCCUCACCAUGCCCAGGUACUGUCUGUUUGGAGACACCGUGACCAGAGCCUCGAUCAUGGAGUCCAGCGGACUUCCCUACAGAAUCCACAUCAGUCUGUGUACAACCAAAGUCCUGACCAGUCUCAAAGUGGGAUACGUCAUUGAGACCAGGAAAGCGCAGGUCAAGGGGACUGAAGACACGUACUGGCUGAUGGGCCGAGAAGGUUUCGACAAACCACUUCCUGUUCCUCCAGACCUCCUGGGAGGGGCCAGCCAUGGCAUCACACUGGAUGAGAUUCCAGUAGAAAGAAGACAGAAGUUUUUGGAUCGACAAAAGCUGAUAAAAAAAUAACCGCCAGACACAUCGUUGUUUUUCCACUUUUGUAGGCUUUUCCUUCAACACAAGGCAUUGCUGUCUCCCCGACCCUCCCCAGCUUUAGCCCUCAUAAUUUAUUGUGUAAUCCCAAGCUUUAAUUCAAACAAUUUAACCAAGUUUUAUCUUAUUUUAAUAUUUUAAUUUUUUUUAAUAUUGCUGAUUCUGGCUUACAGUUUAAGAUUAAGAUUCCCAGAAUAUUCUAAUUUUUUGAGAUAGGAUAUUUGAGUUUUCUUAAGCUGUAAACCAUGAUCAGCAAUAUUAAAAUAAUAAAAGGCUUGCAAUAUUUCAGUUGAUUUGUAAUGAAUCCAGAAUGUAUGACAUUUUUGCAUUACAGAAAAUAAAGGACUUUAUCGCAAUAUUAACAUUUUCUGAGACAGUCCUGUAGAUCUAGUCUGUUCCUAAAGUGUUUUGGACCAAAAACAAUAAUCUCUUCAAUAGUAAAGGGUAGGUAACCCUAGUCUAGAGAGUCCUGCAUGUUUUAUGUGUCUCCUUACACCACACCUGAUUCUGAUUAACCGUCAUCAUCAGCUUCUCAUCCAGGUCUGCACAAGUCUGUUAAUGACACAGCCCUUUGUAUCAGGGUGUGAUGAAGCAGAGAAACAUGUAAAACAUCAGCUGUCUAGACCAGGGUUUCCUACCCCUGGACUAUAGAAAUAAAAUGUGUUGUUUUUGUUCUCGGAGUGUUGUGAGUCUUUGUAUGAGAGUGGUCAUCUUCACACCGUUAAAAUUUGUCAAUUGUGUCUUAGCUUUGAGCCGGUAACAGGCCACUGUUAGCGUGUAGCAGCUGGUUGCUAGUGACUGUUUCUUAGCUGCUUGGUGUUUGGUUUGGCUAGUCUUUAUAUGAACUGAUGUUUGCUUGUUUAAUGUGCUACAUGUGUAUAUUUUAUGUAAUUAAAUGUGGAUUAAAAAAUCUCUGCAU